UCAAGGCAGAUAAGGGGCCAGCCAUACUUCCUCUCGCGCCUUUAAAAGAGUCCAGUAGUUGAGAGGCUGUGGAAUGAACCGCCGCUCUGCUGCUCGAUCACCAGGUCCCGCUUCUCGUCUCAGUCCAGCCGCAUCAACAGGAAGCCUAAUUGUGGCCAGAGGGGCUAAGGGAGGGAAGGAAGCAGUCCCGUGCAGAGCUAGCGAGACAGAGAGCCGCGUGUCCCCCUCUUCGGUAUUUUCCCUCUGUGAUGAAGGGGCGAUGCACAGCUGAAAAGGGGGCAGUAGGGAAGAGAACCGCUGCUGCUUGUCGUGUUGGUGGUCGUCCGCAGUCGUUGUCCUGCAGACCAGCCUCUCUCCCACCAAACACUCCAGCUCAUCAUCCCAGCGCACGCCAACACUUGACGACGGUAAACCAGCGAUCACCAUGUCAGCGACACAGAAGGCCCCCUUUGUGCUGUGCUCCUGGCCUUUCCUGAGAAUCCUCCACUCGAGCGCAGAGCUCUUGUCGUGCGUAGCCUUGUGCAUGAUGACAGACACAGCCGAGAGGACCUCUGUCGCCAUGGUAUGCUUUCCGAGAUGCAGAGCGGGAAGCAUAUCUUGCGAUAUGUCGACGGGCAGUCUCUUGAGGCACUUGAGCCAAUGCCGAUGGUAGCCGAUGUCUCCCUGAAUUCUUGCGAUCAACUUCCAUGGAGAGAGCUUGCCGGCGAGGAGCGCGGCGACCGUCCCCUCGAUGCGAUCACGGCUGGUGUCGUCGGCUGCGAUGGAUGGGUGGAGUGUGGGUGCGAUAGGCGAAGAUAGAGCCAGCCAGAGGGGGGCGUCAGCAUGGUCGUCUGCCGUCUGCUGGGUGGUUGACAACAAGAGCUGGGUGAAGGCUGGAUGCAUGUGGUAUGCCUCUGCCAGGCGAUCCCGCAAUGCCUGAUCAGUACAUGACACAUCAAGGCAUGCACACACGGACGAGUGACGAUGGCAUAUAUGCACCCACCUUCAGGUAAUCGACAAUUCGCUCCAUCUCCUUCUCAAAAAUCUCGAUGAGCGGCACCCACCGCAUGACUCUCAGCCCUUCUUCCCUCCUCUCGCCCUUCACAGGCCUGACGGCCCUCUUGAUCACAUACACCAACCGCUCCAGCACUCUUCUGAUCACCGCUCGCCACACACGUGGGCUGACGAUGCCGGAUGAGGCUGGUGCAGGAGAGAACAUUGAGGGAGGUGGCUGACCGAGGGUGAACUUGGGCCUUGAUGAUGGGGCGGGAGGGGCCAGGAGGAGGACCGACAGGGCGUCUGUCAGCCGCCUCGUGAAGUCGAGAAGAGAUGAGGGAUCUGCAGAUGGGAAAGAAAGAGACAUGGGAGCUUCUGGUGCUGCUGGGGUCCUGAGGCUGCUGAACGCGGAGGAGAGUAUCCAUCUCAUGCAGGCCUCCACUGCCCCUGUCCCUUCGUCGAUGUGUCCGGCUUCCCUGCCAGUGCCGUUGCCGUUUGCCCUUUGGGUGAAGACGCGCAGUGGGGGAAGAGGUGGAGGCAGCAGCAGCUCAGACAAAUACGAGGGGCCGGUGGGCCUCUCGGGGUCAGCAACUCCUACUUGUGUCGAAGACGUGCCCUUCGCUUGGGUGUACCUCCGCCUAACCAGACAUACAGACAUAUGUAUACACCAAAUACACCAUCUGUCUCCCCCACCUCACCUUUCCAUAAGAGGGCUUUGUCGUGCCGGGGCGUCUUUCGGCGGCUCUGGCUGCAUUGAAGGCUUCCUCACAUACAAAGGCUCGUCACUGUUGACGGGCAGUAGCGACGCGCCUUCGACGGCACGCACCAUCUCUCUGCGGAAGAGAUCCACCGCUACACCCAGCCAGUGCGAGACCAGAGAUGUAUCGACAGCGUCGAGCCAUCCACAGGACUGUAGUGUCGUCUUGACAAGCAGCCAUAGCCGCCGGGAGAACACCUCGACUGACUGGUGCUUCUUCAGCCUGCCCCCGGCAAGUGGCAGGGGAAGAGCCUUCAUGAGUGCCGUGAAGUCAUGUUCCUCGAUGUAGCUCAGCAGCUGGGCGAAGAAUGCCUCCACGUUCACUAUGGCACUCGUCAGCUGGGCGAAGGAGAUGCUGAUUUGGCUCCGUCUCUGUGUGUGCAUGCUCAGCAAAGUGAAGAGCCACAUCAAGAGAAACACGACCCUCUGGCUCAAUGCGAGUACGCCAGAGACCACCUCUCGAGGCCAAUCGGAGGAUGCACCAUUGCUCUCGGCGACUGGAGGGGGCGGCGGAUUGGCACCCACAUGCUCAUAUGCACUCGCAGAGGGAUAAAUAGCCGCAGUGCUCCUCACAGCGGAUGAAAGGAUCGAUGCCGCAUCAGCAGCCUCGGAGACACGGCAGUAGAGUGAUUGGCGGACGAUCGAUGGAGCCAGAACCCGCUCUAUCUGCAGGGGAGAGGCCACAACGAGGCAGACUUUCGCCUUGUUGCCAAGCUGCGGUGCGAUGGGCCCCUCCCCCCUGCAGAUCUCGAUUGGCCAGAAGGCGUCCACGGGCAUGUGGGAAGGAGGGUCUGAGCGCAGCCUCUCUCGUACCAGCUGCUCCACCAGCUCUAUGAGGGUAAUCGGGAUAUCCGCAUGUUUGUUGCACGCUCGCUUGGAUGACCGAUGAGCGGUGACUGCACACACGGAUGGACACAGACGUUGGAUGCUGUUCGUGUGGGCAGAGAUGUCUGUCCAUCAUUUUGUCACCUUCCAGCCCAUCUUGCCGUACGUCCGCAUCACACGCCAGAUGAGCGUCAUGGACUACAACUAAGGUGCCCUGCUUCAGAGCCUCGCCAACAUCCCCGGCCUUGCCCAUGCCGGCAAUGCCCUGCUGCAAGGAUAGGCGGAGACAUGGCAUAUCGAGCGUAGGGAUCGCCUGUGGAGGCCCGUGUAUGAUGAUCGGUGAAAAGGGCAGUAGAGACGUGGGGGAGAGGUGGCUCUCGAUGGACCUGGAUAUGAACGACAAGAAGUCGUGGGAAGAGCCCUCAGGCUGGUCCAGGAAGCUCCCCAGGUCAUUCUGCCCGCCGUCAGUCCACCUAUGUCUCCAGCUCCUGCCUUUCAGAGCAAAGCCCACGAGAGCCCUCAGAAUCCUCUGUCGAUCGGCCGGGCGCAGCGCACACCCCACAAUGGCGAGAAGCAGCAUGUGGGUCGAGCAGUCUGCGGUUGGAAGCGGCGCUGGUAAGUCGGGCAGCUGCUGUGUCGUGUUGUCUUCCAAGAUUAGCAGCAUUCGCUCCGCCCACUGGCGCCACAGCCUCGGCAGAUGCCGGAAGCGAUGUGGCCACGAGUGCAUUGUCGGCGCGUCGCCGUCCGUCACUCUACGCCUCCUGCUCGGCGAUGACGCUCGAGGGCUCUCCUCAUCUUUCUCCCUCAGCAAUCGGAGAGACGGUACCAUAUCCUCCAAGUCGCUCAGUAUUCGGAAGACCAUCCAAUUGUGGCUCAGCUCGCCAAAGUUGACGACAGCCAAAGCGUCUUCAUGUAUAUCGGGUGCCUCUCCCGUGUUUGCGACGAUACCCGCCUUGUGGAUGUCGUCUGCGGUGAUGCGGUGGUCCCCCUGGGCCUGUCUCAUUUUGAGUCUGUACAUGGGGUCCAGCUCAAGCUUGUGUCUCUCUUCUCUCGUCAGCACGUCGGGCCGCGGCGAGAGCAGGUGCUCCACAAGAGACACGUCUUUAAACAUGUCGUAGCGGGACAUGUCGUGAGAAAAACGCAACAGAGUUGCAUUUUCCGCAGCUGAAGGGAUGUUGCUGGUCCACGGGAAGCCGAAUGCCAGGCACAUCGCGAAGUCGUCAUAAAACUGCGGGGGAUGCCGCAUGGCGAGCAGACGGAACAAUCUCGAUCGAAACGGCUCGGUGCUGCUCUUGGCGGUCUCAGCUGAGGUUCGUCGGCCAUUGCGAUUCUCCUGCCCCUUCCUCUUGUGCUGUGUGUCGGGCUUCUUCCCUUGCGGACCACCACCAUGUGCACGAGUGUCUUCGUCCGCCGCCAGAGCCAGAUGGACCAGUCGCUGGCAGGCGUCCAUCGACGUCGGUCGGGUAUGGCUGCAGGAGAGAUAGCACAUAAUGGUGUGGACACCCGUCUCUAUCAGCGGAAGAAAGGUCUCGAGGGAGUCAUUGAUGAUCAUAGUCUCCAGCUCAUCUGAUCGCCGAAGGGAUGCGUGGAUCUCGUCAUGCUCAUUCUGAAGGUGCAAAGAGAAGUAUACACGUGAGACCAUUUUCUGUGUGUGUAACUCUCCCACCUUCAGCUGCGUCAGUCCUUCGAGCACAUCAAGCCCCACUUGGAAGCCGGCCGUGCGUCUGGUCGCCUGCCCGUUGCCCUCAUCGCUUGCCUCAUCCAAGACCCCACCUUUCAGCAGCUGCUCGUGAAACUGAUUGGACUCAUAUGUCCUCACGAGGUAGUCCAGCAGCUGCUCCUUUGCAUAGUGUAGCUGAUGAUGCGACCGAGCGCCCUCGGCAACCUGUCGCAAGAAACAGAGGCAGAGAGGGACUCUGUACACACAUAUGUCUCUCGGGCUUACAGCUUUGAUCUUCUCUUCGAGGAACUCCUUCUUUUCCUCGAGCAUGAGGGCCUCCCAGACGCAUUUGACCACCGCAUUGCGGCCCCCCGAGAAGUCAACCAUUGUGCCAUAAGGCGACCAGCGAUCAAUCACGUGACGUCGCUCACUCUCGCCAUACAAGAGAUAGAGGCGGAAAUCCGGGUGCACUGGGGUGAGGUCAUUCUGCAGAAGUAUGGUCUGCAUGCCAUCAGUGGCCCAGGAUCUGUCUCGAUGUGCUGCCCAGUGGUUGUACGACAGGAUGCCCUCCUUCUUGAUGCGAUCUGCGUCGAUUCCCUCGGGGUCCAGCCAUUCUUCGAGCUGUCUCAACAUCUGACGGCCUUCAUCCUCGGUGAUCAGGUGCGUGGCUCGUUUGAGCAGCAGAGUGAUAAGGCGCUCCGCCUCCUGCAGCUCGUCUGCGGGCAUGGAUGGCGUGGUAGAGAAUUCGAUGACCAGCGGAGUGCCUGUCUUCAGGCAGUAGUCGAUGGCCUGAAGGAACAUAAAGGCUCACGAAGAGAAGCCUGCACGUGUGGCCAGGCCUCACUUUCAAGAGGGAUGAGCUCCUCAGACCAGGAGUGCCCAGCGAUACAACAAGAGGCCGAGACACGUCUUCCUUCAGCACCGCAGACUUUGCCUGGGGUGUCUUCACUCGUCCAAUGCCGCCCUCGGCCACGCCUCGCAUGUGACACCGAAGCAGAAACUUCAUGGCCAUAUUGAAUGGGUCGUAUAUCAACGGCGGCAGCCACCUUCUCCUUCCCGUCUCCUCCAUGCUUGGAGGGACAGCGGACCAGUGGAUCCUCAAUGCACUGUCGAAUGAGUCUUCAUCCGGCAGCAACCCGUCAAGGGCAGUCCAGAAGCGGUACAAGCUUUUCGUGGGCAGAGGAGCGGGGGGAAGAGAUGUGACCAGGUCAGACGCCUGUGUGGGUAUGCCCAUGGCUGUGAGGGCUUCCCGCCACCUGUUGAGGAUCAGCAAUCGGAGGGGGUACGGAAAGGCCCCGAGCAGGUGCAUGUUGCAGGACAUCAGAAGGGCGUCGCUGAGGAGGAAGCGACGCUGGUCGAGACUGUGGGUCAGCAGAGACAGCCACCGGUCCUGAAAAACCCAGACAAGCGAUUCGUCAAACGGACAGCCUCCUGCGAUAUUCGCUGACCUUUUCUGUUUGCAGCAUACUGAGCGCUCUGUCGAGCCUCCCACCCCUCUCAUUGACGUCGGCCAAACUCUGCGUGAGGCUCUCCCUCUCGGCCGUGGCGUCGAACAGCUUCCGUUGCAAGUCCGCCAGCGUCUCGUUGGACUGUCUUGCAUCCUCUCUGGACUCCUGCGUGACCUCUGCCAACUCACUGUGCGCGACUUCCGUCGCUGCAAGUUCGCGUCGCUUCUUUUGAAGCUGAUAAUAGACACACAUGGUGAGACAUGCGCGGGACUGUUCACAAGGAUCAGAACACAGCUCUCACCUCAACAGCUAUCUCUGCAGCAUCAACGAUGGCUUUGCACCACACGUAGAGGGCCGUCACAGCAGGGGUGGCAGCAGCAGAUAUCCAUUUGAACGCGACGCCCGUCGCGAGCUCCUUGGGACACUCGUCGAGGCACCGCUUCAGAGCAAUUAGCUGGCCCUCUGUCAUCUCCUCUUUGUUGAAGGUCGUGAGCUUUCUGGCUGCACCACGCGCGCCUGCAGGUGUCUGCAUGAAGGCCCUGCUUAAAAACAGAUUCCAGAAAUCCUGCGGAUCGCCCUCAAACUCGGCCUCGUCUGCAGCGUGGAAUCAUUGUCACAGUCACACAAUAGCUCGUCAAGAUGUCGCUUACUCGUCUUCGGUUCCUCUUCUCCCUCUGUUGCGUCGACUGCUGCUGCAACUGCUGGUGCAGGCCUCCUAAGCUUGAGGCCUAGCGCCACACACGUGGUCUGCACGAUCUUCUUGGUCUCAUUCUUUGGCUUCUUGAUCGCCGACAGAGCAUCGAGCUCCUUCCCAGUGGCAAGCCGCUCGGCAACUAUCCUGUCAGCGGCACUGCUGGCUGCCGACAGGCGCCGCGAAAGCAAGUCACACUCUGAGGUGAGUGUCUCCAUUUGCAUGCGCUUUGUCUGUUCCUCGAGGUAGAUGCCGGUAGACAACUUCUGUUUGAGCCUGUCGUUGAUCUUCUUGGCGGCCUCCAUCUGCUCCGUGUGGUCCUCGAUGUAGGCGCUGAUGCUCUGCGUGUCACAACAGAGCUUAGAGACACCUCGUCGAGUCUUUGCUCUUUUAUUCUCUAGCGCUGACCUUCAGCCGCGGCGUGACGAUGUUGACAUAUUCCUGUAGUCUGUCAGACUUCCCCUCAGAGGCUUCGAUCAGCUCCUUUACACGCGACAGCCUUUCACAUGUCCUUGUGUUGUGGUUCACACUCAGUGACAAAAUGUCGCACGCCAUCUCCACGAUAUCGAUCAGCCUCGUCGGACUCGCACAAUAGGCCUGGACGCGUUGAAGGUCCUCCAGCCGCAAGAACGGAUCUGGCAUCGUGAAAGGGCCGUAUCUGGCCUGCGAUGGCCCACUUGCGAUGCAAAGCGGGUUCCAGUCAUUCGAUGACACCAGUCCCCUCAGCUCUGCCAAUGGUGUCAAUCUUGGCGUGCCGGCUUGGUCCUCUUCGCUGCUUUUGCGACGCAGGUCAUCCCACAUUGACGCAGCGCAGGCCUUGAAGGCCUCUUCGGUGACUUGGAAGCUCUUGAACUCGGCAAAGAGGCGGCCCAGAGCCUUCGUGAUCAGCGACACGGCCUCUGUCGGCUGGAAAGAGAAAGCCAUCUGAGUCUGGCUUCGCUGAAUGGUCCACUCGUAGACAGUUGUGAUCGCCGUGUCAUUUGCUUGGGCUUUCUUGAGAUGUGUGAGAUGUCUCGAGGCAAUGUCGAUGCACGCAGGCAGCGGCAGGGGAUUGAAAUAAAUGACCUGGGACCGCGACGGAUCGCAUAGGGAGUUGCUCUCCAUCAGUUGCCGAAGCGGCUCAGAUCUCGGCUUCACUUGUGGCUGUUUGCCUUCUUGGAGCAGGAUAUCAGUGACUCGGGGGUCUCGAUCCUGCUUGGCCGUUGCUGUGAUGACUGCAAUCGUGACAGUGGGUAAGAAGAAGUGGUGCAUGAGAAGGGACAUCAAUGUUGCUUUCGACAGCCACUGAGACGGCUUGAAGUCUGAAGGCUCGGAAAGCAAAGGCUCGACCGCCCGCCAGAAUGCUGCUUCUUCUGCAUCCUUUGCCGCCUGCACCUCGGCUUCGCGGCCUCGUCUUCGUUUCUUCUCCUUCUCGCCGUCCUGCUUGCGUCGCUCAAGGGAUUUCUGAUGCUCAACAGCUCCCUGCUCCAAUGCGCGUCGCACCAAAAGGUAUGUCUCGUCGAGACAGUCGCCGAUAGCGUAAAGCAGGCCGUUCAGGUUCUCCCCAAAAGAUGGGUUGUCGUCCAGCAGGCUGCCCCAGGAGCCGCCAUCGAGCAGCUGAGUCAGUCGCUCGCGAAGGAAAGGCAAUGCAACUUCCUCCGCACGCAAGGCGAGCACCAACCCUCGACAGAUCUGCGCUGAGUCGUUGCCUCGUUCGGCUUCAAGUGGCAGAUCCGCAUGCCAAACGAGGGAGAGGGAGUCAAGAAGGAUAGCCGCUGGCGCGUCACUCUCUGUUGAGGUGUAUCGGCGCUUAAAUGUCGUGAUGACGGUAUCUGGCAGGUGAGACAGCUGCUGCAGCCGACUCUUGAUGCGCUUGAGACCAAUGUUGACGGCAGUGGUCAGCAGCUUGUCUUGCAUCAGUGUCCACUGCCUCCGGGCCAUCUCCUCGCGAUUCUCCGCAAGCACAUCGGGCCGAGACGUGACCUCAUAUCGGUCACGCGCAUAUUGUGCAAUCUGCUCCUCUUUGCUCGGCGUUGUGCCGUCAGUUCUGUCUCUGAUCUCGUCACCAGCUGCAAAUACGCCGCCAAUAAGGGCAGGGAACGACAGCACUUUCAGAUUCAGCGCUGAGCAUGUCAUGUGCAGCAGAGUCUCUUUGCCGCUAGCUGCUGGGCCUGCAAGCACGAUCGUGCCGCCUGGUGACGGGAGGCUGGUGAGAAGCUGCUGGAGUGCCGGAAGGGAAUGCUGGACAAAGGUCUGUGCGAAGGGUGACGCACGGCUUCCCCGAUAAGCCAGAUCGACAUUGUCCUCACUCGUGGCGGCUGUUGCUGUGUCUCUUGCUCGGGGUUGCCCGCGGCACACGGUUUGUAGCUGCUUCACGAUGCCCUGCGGGCCUGACGCAGGGACGAUAGAUGGCACCAGACACGAGUCGCCGAGUGCUUGCAGUGAAGGUAAGCCGAUCACUUUAUCGCCUUCCUCCAUUCUGAGGUAUCUGCAGACCUCGUGCUUGAGUCUCCGUACCUCGCCGAGGUCGUGCUCCUCUUCAGCGGUGAGCAUCUCCAGGACUUUCUCUUUCAUGUUGAUGCCGAGCAGCUCGUCAGCCAAGCGGCCCAAGCAAUUUUCCAAGCAGUGAGCGAGAAGGGGCACCGUGAGAGUCUCCUGCACGUCGCUGUCUACGUCCUCGGCGACACUGAUCCGUCUGCCGAGCAGGGAGCGGAUCGUGUGGUAGGAGUAGGCAAGCCAGUGGACCGUGACGGACGCAAUUCGAGUCGAGGCAGGUAUAAUCGCAUUGAAGGAUGCACGCACGAGCGAGUGGAUCAGCUGGAGCAUCGCGUGGCCCCAGUUGCUGUUGGACAGAUGAGCUGCCGACCGCACGAGGCUGGAGUAGACGUGAGAAAUGUCUCCUAUCGUCAGGGGUGGUUCGUGCAGCUGCAGCAUCACCCCUUUGGAGAGCAGGCGAUGAUGAACGGCAGAUCCCCCGGCAGACAUCGCAGCGACAAAUCUCACUCCGUCCACCUUCUUGUAGGCUGACGCGAAGAUCUCACAAAGAGACGGCUCCAUGCCGGCCGUGUCUCUGCAUCCAUUGCCGCUACCGCUGCUAGACGAUGACGUGCUCCCCUCCUCACGGGGAGGCAAGUCAGUCAUGAACGAGGCAGUGGACUCCCACACACUUGGACGCCGGCUCAUGUAGCCACUCGUCUCGACAAACUGACGGAUCCACUCGCUGCUUUCGCUACCAGGCUGGUCGAUGGAGAGAUCGUCAAUCAUCACCGCUAGCGUCUGUUUCAGCGGAGGCGACCACACCUCCUUCGCCGAUAUGUCUUCGCUCUUGAGCGUCAGGUGGCUUUCGAUCUGUCUCUCCAUGCGUGCAGCAGACAGGGGUCGUUUGUCAGACACGAGAGUUGGAAUGACGGCUGGGUGGCUCUUUGGCAUGCACACGGAGCCGACAAUAGCCGGGUCGCCGCUCUUGCGCGCCUCACUUGGGUCCAUCAGAGGAGGAAUGAUCCCUCGCGCUGUGUGCCGGCCACCAUGCUGCCAGUCGUAGGCAAGAUGCCUUAGCAGGGUCGAUUUGCCGCUGAACGCUGGCCCAAUUAUCAGUGCUGGGUGCCUGUUGAGACAGGGAAGGCAAAGCUGAAGCAGAAUGUGGACACGGAUGAUCGAUGGGGUGGAGAGCAGGAGCCGAUUCGUGAAAGCAAGAUCCGCGUACUCCGAAUCGUGCCCGUCCCAUGGCCUCCAUUGGCUGGCAGAGAUGGUUUGCGUGUCGUCGUGGCUGUCAGCGGCCUUGUCUCUUACAUGAUACUCCCACACGAAAGUGUACCUCCCACCCUCGCUCUCCAUCGGCGGAUUCUCAAUCUUCGUUGACAAUGGGGGCAAGAACACACUUCUGAAAGCGUCAACUGUCAGAGAGUCGGUCUUCUCUGUUUUUGCUGUCUCGGCUUCGACAUGGAUGCUCCCGUUAAGUUUGGUGCUGUCGAUCUCCUCGAUAAUCUCCCAGAAAUGGUCCCAAUUUGUCUUUGGCUGCGCUGAUGAAAGAACUUGUGUGUACGGUAGGCCAGCUGACAUUGCCAUGUUCUUAGUGAAAGCCUGCUGGGGAGCUUCUUUCGCCAUCCAGACGAGAAGCCGCAUGUAGCUGUCAAUGGCGCGUGCUGUGCUGAACGGGGGACCCGUAAUUUCCAUCGGCUGCAGCGAGGAUGGUGAAGGCAGCUCAGGCUCUUCAGGUCCUUCUGAUGGCUGCCGCUCUCCGUCUUCGGCUUCUUUGUGCUCGUUUUCCUCUCCAUGGCCAUGCACUUCUUGCUCUUCUGUCUCGUCCAUUUCUCGAACGUCUUGCACUUCCUCUUGCGUCUUCUCCGUAGCUUGGCCCUUGUCUUGUUCUGUGUCAACCUCCCCUUCUCCCUCUGUGGGCCCCUCUGCUAGCACCUCUGCUGUCUCAUCCGCUAACUCCACUGACGAUGCUGCGGGGGACGGAGUGGCAUAUCGCAGCACUGUCUCCUCUCUGUGAACAGACCUCUCCGGACGGAUCACGCUGAAGAUGGCCUGGGAGGCCGCAAAGAGGAGUUGCUUCUCAAUGGUAUGGCGGACGGUCUCCAGCUCUCUCCUUAUUCGGGCCUUGACCCGCAGGCGCUGCUCCUUUUCGGCCUCCUCGCUUGACGCCGCCCCCUCAGUCGCGGGCAGAGAGACGCUCAGCUCCUCCACUCUUGCAAGCGUCGCCAGCCAUUGGGUGGAGAGGCCGGCAAUGGCGCUCGAGUACAAGUUGCUGAUGAUCGACACUCCUUGUGCGCCGCCGGCCCAUGUGUGGAAGCCCUUGCCGAGGAUUCUCAUGAGCGGUGGGUCUUGCUUGGUGAGGAUGUGAUCGAUCAGCCGAAUGCAUGGCUGCAGGAUGGUACUGGUGAAAUGCAGGACCAGAGGGCGAAAGACGAAGGAGGGCUGCAGCUCACGGGAGACACACGAGACGAUGCGGCCGGUGCAGUCUUCUGCGCUGGGGGUAAGUGAGAGAAUUCCCAGCCGACCACACAGCUGGUGACAUCAGAAAAAGGAGAUAGACACUCAUCCACAGCACUUCCACAUGUGCUUACAAGAGCAGGUGACGCAUUGGCGAGGUCAGUCGUUUCGAACAGCAGCCGAACCUUCUUGAUCCAAUCCCCUCUCGCAUUGACGCUGCCGUCACUGGACAGCUUGAUCAUCUCAUCAGCCGACGGCAGGAUUCCGUCACUGAUGCCCUGGCCACCUCCAAUCGACGACGCCUUCAAAGACUGCCCUGUCUCCAUCCUCGACGGGCCUUUGGCGAGCAUGGAAGCUUGUGCACAGAAUUGGCUGGCCCUGCGGCCCAUUCUGCCACCUCCGUCCCAUGCUGAGGUGCUCUGUCUUCUAUGCUGGCGAUCGGUCUUGUGCUUGUCUGUGUCUUCGGAUGGCUCGUCAAGUUGCGACUGGAUGCGGUCGAGCAGGCGGGAAUAAUGUGACGCCUCUGGCGCGUCACAUGAAGGAAGAGCCCCAUCAAGGGAUAGCCAGCACUGGUGCUGCAGCCUGGCAGAUGCGAUGCGCUCGGCAAAGGGGGUCAUAGCAAUGAACUGCUGCCGAAAUCUCCGUUUGGCCUCGGACGCUUGAGCCGCUUCCCUCCUCUGCAGCGCCGACAUCAUGCUAGUGCCGCUGCGGGUUAUCAUCCUUGCGGCCCUGUCGCCCUCUCCCCCAGUAUGCUGCCGUUCUGGCGCUCUUUGCGGCACUGGCGGGCAUUCGAUCGACAGCAGGUCAUCUUGCCACUGGUCGUAGCUGCGGAAGUUGUGAACCAGCGGCUCGACGAGCUCCAGAUAGUCAGCAAUGACCUGCUUCAGACCCUCAUGCAGUCCUGUUGGCUGAGGCAUUGGCGGCUUGGUCUUGUCGGCCGUCUGGUAGUGUGUGACGAUCUUGCCCGCGACGAAAUCUCUGUGGGACGUGGCCUGCAGGUAGCUGGUGAUGAACCGGAUCUGGUUGAGGAUGGACGGGAGGAUGGAUGGUGCUGCAGCGUGGGUGCGCGCGCGCAACGAUCCUGCACCGCUGCCCGCCUCAGUCAGCGUCACCAGGGUGCGUUCGUCACCAGAGAGCUCCUUGUGUGUGUAGAGGUUCGGGAAUGAUCGCCACAGCGACACCCCUCCUGUCCUGACUGCAGCUGGAGAGACAUGGGGGCUCUUGUCGGCCUCUUGCGUGUCUUCGUGGGGCGGCGUGGGUGCGAUGGAGAGCACUGACUGUCGUGCUGGGCGCAUGGCCUUCUUCCGAAGCACACCUUCAGCGGCAUACAUGACGCUCUCGAGGAACAGCUGAUGCAGCCUGUUAAUCGCCAUGGCCAGCACAGUCAUCACAGUCGACUUGCCGACGGACGACGACCCGACGAUAAUGACACCGGCUUUUGUCUCCGUCCACUCGGCGAGCGACAGGCACCUCUGGACGAGCACAGGGGACACGACGAGGCCGAGACUGCUGAUGACGUCGGGCAGGAUGUCGGCCAGGGCUUGCAUCUUAGCAGACACCAGGGACACGGGCUCUGGAUCGACGGCUGUUGCUGGCGGUGUCUCGAUCUCUGCGGGGAGGGAAGCGUGCAGAGCUCGUUUCUUCUCGAGAAUCCCCACAGUCACGUCCGUUGUCUGCGCCAAGACCCCGUCCAGAUACGCCUUCACUUCGUCGGCUUUAUUCUCCAUUGUCGCGUUAGUCACGAACAUCAGGGCUGCUCUCAGUGCAUCCAUCUCCCUUAGAUACUCCACACUCUCGGAGACCACAGCAGGUGUGGAGUUCAGAUACAUCAUCUGCUUGUCUCGUGCUGCCUGAUCAAUGACGAUGCGGGCCGCUUGCUGACGCAGCUGCCCCUCUCGGAAAUAAAGGCCUCUGUCAUCGAAAGUCUCGAAGAAGGCGAUCACAUCGCUUGGAAAGCGUUGACACGCCGUCGGUGUGAAGCCUUUCUGACUCAUCAUGAGCUCGAGGACGGCAUACGGGGCGGGUGAAACAGUGGUGACGUUGCGGAAUGCCUCGCUGAGUGUGGUUGGCACGUCGCGUCGGGCUGACGACACCGAUGUGCAAGCAACAAUGGUCCACGGGUUGAGGGGCACUCGUGACUCGCCAGUCACAAACGGGAUGUCCACCUCCCUCUCCUCACGGAUGCUGGCCACGCGCACCGCAUCCAGUGCCUGAGUGACGGCGGUACAUGUGGCCGGCUGCAGUAGAUGGCUGUCUUGCAAGACGAACAUGCCGCCCAUCUGCACAGCAGCCGACAGCAGCCGACAAAAGUCUGCCGCAGGGGCCAGAGACGGAACUGAGAGAAGCAGGCGCCCGAUCAGCUGCGAGAUCUCUUUGAGUGCCUGGCAGUCUCCCUCCGACAUGAAGUGCGGCAGGUGUCGAGAGUGAAUGGAAUAGAAGAAUGCCCUGUGUGGUGCCGUGUGGGAAGUCGACGGGAUGAAGUCACAUGCUUCAGGGAGCAGCUCGAAGCCAUACAGCAUCUAAGACAAUAACGUGUACACAGUAGCAUGGGAUGUAUUUGAUUGUUGCGCGUUAUCUGCAACACACCUUAGUGGGAUAGACGGCCACGACGAUGGCCUCCAGUAGCGUGUCCUCCUCCCUCUCCGCUUCUGAAGCCUCCUCCGCUGCCUCCUGCAUGUCCCACGACCGAGACAUGGCCCGAGUGAAACACCUGCUGGUCAGUCGAGACAAGGCACGGACGGACACAGGAGCUGGUUUUUGAUGAUGGUCCUGCUGCUGCUGAGCUUCCUCUGUGUCAUGGCUGGAGCUGUCGUCGUCAGGAGGGCCAGUGCUCACAUGCUUUCCUUGGGAUGGGGACGAUGGAGCUUCAAGAAUGCCCAGGGCGGCUUUUGGCUUCGCCUUUGGCUUGGGCUUCCUGUCCGCCUGUGGCUGCAGGAGGCCUGCAGUGCUAGGAGGCAGCCUAUCGGGGACAUUUUCCUCAGCCCUCUCGUCCAAACAGUAGACACGGAAGCAUGACAGCCACUCAAAGGCGCCAAGCCCGCCCGUCUCCGCGAGAGGCAGCAGCUCACUGGUCGUGUCUUUGAGACCGGUGAAGAGACCGAUCAUAUGCUCCAUCUUGCGACACAAGAGCUCUUGGCCCCUCGUCAGUGGCGCGGCCACAUGAACCUCCGCAGCCGCUUGUGCGCCCUCUUGCGGUGGCGCCUGUGUCGUCACGAUCGACCUGGAGCGGCCGACGGUAUCCGUGACCGCCUUUGCCUGUGGGGUCUUGUACAUGAUGCUCUUGCGGAUAGUGGGACGUCUCGUGCGCUUCGCAGUCUUGGGCUUGCUGGGCCACCGAAGGGAUCUGAGCUGAUGAAUGAGCUCUUGCAGGACGCUACUCAUGUGGCUCUGCACAACGGACAGUCCCUCCUUCUCCAUCAGUGUCUCGCGAGUCUUGAUGUCCGUUGUCAGCCCGCUGACCACUAGAGCUCUCUCCACCUCCCCCGUCCAAUGGGCCAUCACUGCAAUCAGAAUGACCUGCCACGGAUGGCUGCAUAUCGCCUUCAGCAGCGCGCUCCGCUGCAUAGCUGCCGCAACGUCGCCCGCGCGCUCUUUGAUUCUCUCCUGGAGUUCCAUCAGCUUUGUGAGACACGUGACGACGGCCGUCUUGAGAUUCUGCUUGAUAGAGUCGUCGAUUUUUCCCAUCAUGUCGGUCACGCUGGCAGGCUUGGGAGUGACUGACAAGAAUGGCGAUGCGGGGAGGGUGAUCUUGCGCGUCAGGAAGAGGGUGUCCGAGCAAGUAGUGAAUAUCUGUGUCACACUGAGGCGCGUCUCGUCCAUGGAGCUGUCGUCAUCGCUGUCCUCUUCUAGCUUGACACCCCGAAUGCCCGGGAAGCAGCAAGCGAUGACUCGAAAGAAGACCGGCCACUGGCAAGCGGAGAAUGAGGUAAACAGAGUAUGUAGGGCCUCAUCAGAUGGUAGCAGCAGGCGGGGGUGGUCUCGGCGUUGCGAUUCCAGGCGGUCGAGGAGUAUUGUUCGGAUGCUAUUAAUCUCUUGCAGCGCCACCCGAGCGUUGACCGUCCAGUUUUCGAUCGCUGGGUGCUUGAAGGGGGAAGGAUUGACUUGAGACAUUGCCUGAUGCUGCAGAGAACACACAAAGAAAAGUGGCUCUUUCCGUCUUCCUCCUGUGUCAACUCUCACCUGUCUGAACAGACCAUCGACCUUCCUGAAUCGGUCAAUCACUGUCCUGCCGAGCAACCUCCCAACCAGACUCGUCUGAGCAUCUCUUAGCUGUUGGAUUGUCUCGGUACUCAUCCCAUCCGGACCAAUCGCCAGCAAAUAUUGCAGAUACAGCGGCAUGGCCUGGACCCACAUUCGCAAGAAGUCUGUCGAUAUCUCCAGUCGGUGUACGACAUACGCCAGUCGGUCGGCGAAGAAGUGGGCAUGGCCUGACUGUCGCAAGCCCUCACACACUCCAAUCAGAUGGUUAUAUUUGCCCAAGAGGGAUACGCCGUUUGUGAGCAGCAGGACUGUCGGCAAGAGUCCAGACUCCUCCCCGCCUUCAAGCUCCAUAUCAGUCUCAGUAACUGAUCGAGAUGGGCCACGAGAGACACUCCUGCUGGUCAGGCGCUCGUCAGCCAGACCGUCCGCGGCCGAGACAAUGGCGCACAUGCUGAUCUCCACUUUGCCGGCAGCGGCGUGCUGCUCGAUCUGCAUCAGGCAUUUCUCUGCCCACAGCUCCUUGGCGCUUCUCUCGGUGAGCCUCUGUAGAAAGACGACCCUCGGAGGCACAUGGAAUCGAUACACGAGCAUCUGCGCCAGCGUCAAGUGGUCGGGAUUGAGCUCCUCUUUGACCAGUCUCGAUAAGACGGACCAGUGGCGCGCGAGGAAUCCCUUGAAGCGCAGGCACGCGAUGAGGGGCAGGAAUGCCUCAAGCUCUUUGAGCUUGUCAAGCGUAUUGCGCGCCGCGCGUGAAGGAAUGGGAGCGCUGGUGAAUGCCAUCUUGAGGCAGCGCUCCGUGAUUGUUCGCCACGAGGCGAGGGUAUCCUGGCACUCCUCGAGAGUCAGGCUGGUCAGCGGCCCAUGACACCACAGUGUCUCGGCGCUGUACGCCUGCUGAGCUGACGUCCAGAAGUCUAGGUACGGCUGGAGUGUCUUCCAUGCUGUCUCCAUCUCCAGUGGAGAUUUUGUCUGCGGGACGCCCAAUGCCAGCUGUCUUGUGACGAAGGUUUCAUACAUGUCUUGGCAUUUGUCAAGGUCGUCCUUCACCCGAUUCACGCCGUCUAGUGUCUUGUCGACCGUAUCGGCGUCCAAUGGCUUUGUGCCGCUUGGUCCGACUGAUUUGAGCUCUCGGAUGGCAUCCAGUGACGCCGCAAUCGCUCGGUUCAGGGAAGUGUGGUCAUACUCGAGCUGGUACGUGAAGAGCUGCCGGCGAGAAAUCAGGUCGACCUGUACGAAAGGGAAGGAGGGAAGGAAUGCGAGGUAAAGAGGCAGCUAUGCGCUGUCGAUCACCUGCUUGCGUUGGGCGAGCAUCCUCAGCUUGUUCGGCGAGCCCUUCAGCAUCACGUGCUUGAUGUGCACAGACAUGUCUACCUUGAUCAUGCGGGUCUCUGAAACGACGAAAGAGGACCACGAUAUCCCGCAUGAGUUGCCAGUGCACAAGGCUCACCGACCGAAAAAGUCGUAGAUUGUCCUUGCGUGCUGCACCAGAGUGUCCAAGAAGAGCCCCUCUCCACCUGUCUCAUAAAGCUCUCGAACCUUCUCGUAUUGCCUCGCCAACGUCUCGAUGCUCGUCACGUCGUCCUCCAGCCUGCAACAGAAGUAGACCAUCAUCUGCCCAUCCUGCAUCGCUGGCAACCUGUCUUAUGGCUCACAUGCUCACAUGAGGGACAGCGCAUCGAAGCGAUCCAAGACAUAAUCCGAUAAGGAAGAGAACUCCUCAACGAUAAAGGAAGACAGACUCCUGAGCCGCUCGUCCGCGUGCGCAAUGAGUCUGAGCCUGGCGUUCUGACAGUUGACGGCGAAUAGGCUCAGGUGCACUGUUGAUGCUGAGCAGCCUAUGAUGGCAUCUUUUUGCUCCACAAGGCUGUCGUACUCGGCCAUCAGAGUGCCUAUCUCUUCGUUACUGAGGUAGAUGCGCUGUGUCAGUUUUGUUUCGUCCACUCGAAUGAACUUAGGGAGCUUAAUCGCGUCGUAGCCCUCCUGUCGGGUGUGCACCUGCAAGCGCAAGAGACAUAUAUGCUAUUAUGGAUAAACAUUCCCUGUCAGCAUCAUACCGGUAUAAUCUUGACCCGCAGCGAAACUUCUUGUUUCAGGGCGUCCAGCCACGCCUUCUCUUGCUGUUCAAGAGCCUCUUGUUCCAGCAGCUUCGCCUCCUCAUCACCGCUGCUCUCCUCUUCCUCCUCUUCGCUCUCGCCGCUGACUUCACUGCCUUCUUCCUGUUCAUCGACUGCAUACUCAUGUAUUUCGACCUCCUGAAAGCCGACCCCUCUUCGUGCAUGCUCGUCCUCUGCCGGUGGCUGGUCAUCUGGCGCCGGCUCUUCUGGCGGCUCAGUUGUUGAUUCUGGCUCUUGUUCGCGUGUCUCGUGGAUAAGUGGGAUGUCAUGCGUCUCCCGAUACCACCGGCUGAUGUACUUUUCGAUCACCUCGUGGAACAGCUCCCUCACUUUUUUCUCCGUGUGAGGUCGCCGCUCUGCCUCGAGCAUCCGUAUGGCCUCUGCUUCUUCGCUGGUCGUGUCCAUUGCCGUUUGUGUCGUGUCUCGUCUGAUAGAGAACUGCCUUUUCACGUGCGCUGUGUAGUCCUGGGACAGAGGGAGGCCCAGUUUCUGCUCGAGGAUGGAUGACAAAAGCUCCGGGUUUGUUCGAGAGUACAUCGAGGGGUUGGACAGGAUGAAGUUGGAGUCGUCGAGGUAGCUCUCGAGGGCGUCUUCAUACAGAGUCUCCAGCGCCUCCAUUCGCCGGAUGUCGAGCAGCAGUUGUGACGCGAAUGCCUCUGACGUGCCGAUCAAGAGCGAAGAGAAGCGGCAGUAGUUGUUUCUGAGGGCUCUGACUGGCAUGAGUCCAUGCUCCAGCAUCGACUUCACUCCUUUGAGGAUCGCCUGCAAUUCUGAAUCGUACAGGUCGCUGGAUGGGAAGUGCUGACAGUCCUCGGGCAGAUCCGUUACAUACCUGAAUGACACAUGGACAAGAAGCACGUUGAAAGGUCAGAAUUACUGUCUGCGUGACUACCUGAGAAUCGACUGGGUGAGGCUCCUCAGUUCAUUGACGACAUCAAGACAGUGCUGGAAGAUGGUGUGCGUCAACGCUUCAACCACCUCCUUCUCUGUCGGCCGCAUAACUAGUCUCUCCUCAUCUCUGCCGCCCCUGCUGUCGUCGUCCUCGCUCCGCGCCGUCACCGCGACCGACUGCUUGUCGGCCUCGAUGGCUGCGGAGCUGUGCGAGUGUGUCUCGCUCUGGCACAUCACACUUGUGGCUGCACUUGAUGGUGGCUGGAAGGUGAUCUUUGGGAUCGAUGCCUGCUCAAUGACCUCCCCAAACGCGUCGACGGUCACUGUGUCUGUCGCUAGCGAGACCAGGAAAAGGCUGGAAGCUCGCUUGCGAUGUAAGGUGAUCAGGGCCAUCGGCGAGAUUUCUUCACAGAGAGCCGUCUCCUCGCUGAUCUGCUCUUGUUGCAGAUCCUCAUCCCAGCUGUGCCACUUCAAACGGUCGGCAAAGUCAGCGAAAGACAGCAGCAACAGUCGCUUAAAUUGUGCGGCGCCCAUCUUGUUGCCCAGCUGAAGACACGCAAUCACUUCUGUGGGCACCUCGGAGACCUUGCCCCACCGGUCAACGUCCUCCGGAUAGGCUUGUGCGACGAUGUGCAUCGUCUCUUCGAUCACCCGCUUGCUCCACAACUCUUCUAUUCGGUUGGCGACAGACACUCGAUGCUUCACCUGGGCGGACUCAAACACCGACACCGACAGCGGCAUAGAAAAGAUGCUUUCAGUGUCGACCGAGCCGUGCUGUGCGUCCUUUAUCGACUGGCGUGGCGGCGAGGGAGGCCGAGAAACGGCUGGUCCGAUCGCCUCGGUCGGCAGGCGAAUGAAUGCGAAGGAGCGGUCUCUUCCGAGGUCGUCAAAGGUUGUGAGGAUUUGCUGUGUGACGGCCAGCAGGGGCGCAUGUGCAACCACAAGCCGGCGGCUCAGAAUAGGCAAGGCGUGCCGAAAUGCCCGUACAUCAGGAAGAGACGGCCGUCGCUUUGGCUGAGCGAUCGGUAUUGGGGGGAGGAGACGCAGUCGGUGUCUAUGCAACACCUCGUUCCAGCGUUGGUCGAGUCGGAAAGACAGCUGGCUGUACGCAAAGUACCACUCCACUUGCAGCAGCAAAUCAACCAGGUUCCAUCGGUAGCUCUCCAUCUUCAGAUGUGCGCACUCCUCGGCGAGCGCACUGCCCUCCUCUGCCACAGAGACCGUCUCCACGUCCAUCCUUGUGAACUCCCCGGCCUUCUUCUCCCUCUUCUCCGCCAAAUCACGCGGUGUCAUGCCCUCGGGACACGAACCAUCUCGCUCGUAGAAAAGAGGUCCACUCGGUCGUCUCCUCUCUGGGCUCAAAAACCGUCCGCCAGCAUCUUUUCUUGGCCGGAAGCCGGCACUGUCGAAGCACAGGGAUGGCGGUGGGAGUUUGGAAGACACGAGAGAUCGAAUAACAGAAGGGGAUAGGCCGCAGAGCACCGCGAUGUUGUGUAAGCGCGCGAGAGGCAGGCGAUACGGCGGCAUCACGUGAGUCCACUGAUUCUCCGUGAUGUACAGAUGGCGUCGCAGCCUCUGCUCGGCUUCCUCACGGCGCGACGCAGCCGCGACCACGUGGGCAGCAAACUCUUGUGGGUCAUCUCGCUGAAGCCUGAGCUCCAUCCUCGUGACCGACCGCGGCUGCCUCUCGUAUUUAUCUCUCCAUCUGGCGCCCUCCUCGCCUUGCAGCAUCACAUACUGGAUGAAGGCACUUGUAAGCGGAUGGGUGGGAGGCAUCAAGACAACUGUUGCCGUGCCAUGGUACGGCUGGACAGAGACUAUGUGGCACGGCGUCCAUAGCAUUUGUGUGAUGGGUUCGACGGGCCAUGUCUCCGUUACCGAUCGGGCUUCGAGCUUCAAGGGAAGCUGCGUCUCUCCUGCAAAUGGGCACACAAGCCAUCAACAGACAUCUGGAUAUCCGAAUGCUUGAUCGAUACCUACUUACCGAGUUCGCCAGUGUGCACGUCAUCAAGAGUGGCAAAGGACACGCCCCCCUCGAUUUGCGUAUCGAAGUACUCUAAUGGAAGCCGUGGUCGGCUCUGCAAAUCUUCCAGCAGAGCGUUGAAGCGCAAGGACGAAGGCGGCUCGGCCAUCGUCUCUGUCUCAAUCUCUGACGCCUCCUCCAGCCGCCCUCUGGCUGUCCUCGCCCUUUCCCGCUCUCUGAGCACCGUCAGUCCCUUGACAGCAACAGGCGCCCUCUGUGCCAGAGUGAUCGACACCGGCGGCGCACGCGAAGACAUGGGGCGGGACGAUGGCAGAGGCGAGACGGUGCGGGGGCGAGGGCUGGCCGGCUUACUUUUACUCCGUGCUUUUGGCCUCGCCUGUGGGGUCGUCGACGUCAUCCGACGAGGGUACCAGACGAGGGGAGGCACCGGGGGGGGCCGCCGUUGAUGGCUGCGAGGCCCAGCCGAUGCCGACAUCGGACGCUGUCUCGUGGCCGCUUUCGGGGGCGCCGAUGACGCGCUCGCCGGCCUGCUCCGUGCGAAGGGGGUAUGCAGCCCCUCACUGCUGCUGCCCCCAUCCGUGAGCACACUCUCCCUCCCGCCCCUCUUAGGCAGGGGGGUUGGCGUAGUGGUCCUGUCGCUGGCACUGGCUGCUGGCAGCGGGGUGGUGUUGGUCGGCGUGUGCGUCGUCUGGGGAAUGAAGGCGGUCGAGUCAUCAAACGAUGGCGCGGCUGACGGGGGGCGACGACGGGCCGCUGGGGGUUGUUCCUCCUCCCCUCCCUCUUCCCUUUUACUCGCCCUUCUCGCUUCUUUCUCCAUUUCGUGUAGCUCGGUCAUGCCGCUGCCCAUCCGCCGUAUCUUGAUAUGAUCGAAGGGCAACUUGGCCUGACCAAUCUCAACUUUCUCUUCACGCAGAUUUCUUGCCCACGGCAUCGGGGGAGGGAACCGUGGAUAAGGCGGCGCCUUCGGGGCGGUCUUGGGCCGCUCCCUCGGUGUCUUCAUGACCAGCUGAGGGGGAAUGAUCACUGCAAACACAUAAGACCGAUUGAGAUGCGCGAUUGUGAAGGUUUUCGCUCACCUUUCCGUGGCAUCAGCUGAAACCUCCGCCUCAGUUUGGCUUCGUGAGCCACUUCCCACGGCCGGAUGUAACUCGAGGUUUGCAGCACCAGCUCCGGCACAUCAACGGCGCUCUCCUCCUCCUCUUCAUCGGACUCUCGUUUCUCCCUCUCUCUCACCACCUGCAGCUGAUCCCUGAGCGUCCUCUCGGCUUUGCAGAGUUCGUUGCAGGCGCGCUGCAGGCGGACGAGGCGGCUUUUCGCUGGACCGUAUCCUCGGAAUCGCUCGAGGGUCUUGUCGGCCGGGGGAAGGGAAAGAGCACGGCGAUCACUCAU